GUCAGCUGAACAGAGAGGAAGUAAACAGUGAAUAACAGAGACGGACAGAGACGAGUAAGAUUGACGUUGUUAAACAAUACCAGAUGCUGCAGGACGCGGUCUACUGACUAGUCUUUUUUCUUCUGCAGUCUGGUUUUUUAGGCUGGCUUUUAUUUUUUUUUAUAUUUCGCAUAAUGGCAGAAAGUAGCUUCAUAAUCGCGAAGAGCCGUUAGCUUCUAAAGCAGCAACAAUUAGUUGUUCUGGUGUGUUAGUUAAUUUAAUUAAGACCUCCUGGCAGAAAAGAAAGUGUCCUCCAAACUUUAGCGUUGGCUCUGCGGAUGGCGUCUGUAGUCUGCACCUUACGAGACCAUCAAGACGACAUCAACUGGUGUGCCUUCUCCCCCAAACUGUUGGCUACCUGCUCCGGGGACAAAACCCUCAGGAUAUACAAUGCUGAAGACUUCUCCGAGCUGCCUUUCUCGCCUCUGAAGGGACACAGCUACAGCGUCCACUGCUGUUGCUUCAGCCCCUGCGGCCAGUUCCUCGUCUCCUGCUCCACAGAUGCGACCACGCUGGUGUGGUCCAUGGUCACGGGGGGCAUCGAGGCCGUCCUGGAACAUCCCGACCGCAGCCCUGUUCGGAUCUGUGCGCUGUCUCCCAACUCGGCCCACCUGGUUUCAGGUGCGUCUGAUGGCACUUUGGUUCUCUGGGAUUUCCACUCUAAGAGGCUGUCCAGGACUGGAGGAGUGAGAGACACAACAAUGGUAGCUUGCUCCUUCAGCCCUUGCAGUCAGAUGUUCAUGACGGGCUCCACCUAUGGAGAUCUGCGUCUGUGGGAUCUGCACUUAAACCAACUCCUCGCAAAGAAGGAUGCCCACGACCUGGGGGUGUCCUGCUGCAGCUUCGCUCCCAGCAUCCUCAGUGGCAACCAAGUUGUGCAGUUUCAUUUGGCAUCUUGCGGACAAGACUGUCACCUGAAGAUCUGGGUUAUUAACAAGUUCACCUCUGGAGGCUUCGACAUGGUGCUCCUACAUACACUAACCGGUCAGACGGCUCCGGUCUUCUGCUGUGCGUACUCCUCUGAUGGGCAGCUGCUUGUGUCUGGCUCAGUGGACAAAAGCGUCAAGGUCUAUGACGCGAAUAAUGCCGUUCUGCUUCACACACUGAACCACCAUGACAGGUAUGUGACAGCAUGCGCCUUCCAUCCAACAGCACCACUGAUCGCCACCGGAUCCAUGGAUAAAACCGUAAACAUCUGUUUGCUGGAGGACGGAUGCAGGGGCGGGAAGUCGUUGCCUGUCCAGCUCCACCUGGCAGCGAGGGACACAGGUGUUGUGUGCUUGAGUGUUCUCUCUUCAGCCUCAAGUGUCUCAGGAAAAGCCGCGGCGAGCCGAUCGAAGCUGCUGGUCGCUGAUUGGUCGGAGGGGGAUGUGUCAGAGUGGCUGGUGGAGGAAGGGCUCCAGGGAUUGGUGGACAAAUUCAAGGCCAAUAACAUAGAUGGGACAGAGCUGCUGAGUCUCACCAAGGAGACGCUGGCGUCAGAGCUGGGCAUAGAGUCUGUCGGCCUGCGAGGUAAACUCCUGAGGAAAGUGGAGGAGCUGAAAAGUGGUUCAAUAUGCUCGGGGGUUCCUGAUGAGUUUCUGUGUCCAAUCACCAGAGAGCUUAUGAGGGAACCGGUCAUAGCAGCUGAUGGCUACUCGUAUGAAAGGCAGGCAAUUGAGAACUGGAUCCACACCAAGAACCGUUCCAGCCCAAUGACCAACCUUCCCCUGCUGACAACACUCCUCACACCCAACCACACCCUCAAGAUGGCCAUCAGCCGCUGGAAGACCAGCCAGUAGCGUCCUCUGACCAGGUCGGCGUGUUUCCUUCUGAAGUCGAUAGAAACAAGAUGCAUCUGCUUCUGAUUUAUUCUCACGCUGAGGUUCUUUGUGGAGGAGCAAAGCUGGAUUAGGUAAGGACGAAGAUUAAGUGUAGAUCUGUCCGACUCUUAACAUCGGAGGCUGGCAGCUGCAACACAGCAGAGACUAAGAUCUGUUUGUCACCCCUGUUGACAAACAACGUGUUGCUAAAAAUAUAAUGAAUGUGGAAUAAUCAGUUUAAAAAGUCACAAAAAAAGAAAACUUUUCAUUAGUUGAUUUUUAUUCAAGUUCCACGGUUAUGUUUUUAUUUACUUUAUAAGUGGGUUCACAAUUAUGUCAGAACAAAUUAGAGGAGGGUGAUAUGAUGAUCUUAGAUCAUGAAGUACUAGAAUGUGUUCUGGAAAGUCAGAAGGUCAAAGUUGGUAAAACUGAACAUCUGUCGCCACCUGCCUACCUUAUAUUAGCAUGGGAUAUACUGGCAUUAUGAAUAUUUCCUGAAGUCUUAAUAUUAAUCAACCCGAGCUGUGAGAAUCUGUUGUCGGAGAACACGGUGAUGUUAUUCUUUGCCUAAACUCUUUACGUCAUUUAUUUCUAGAAACUCUGCAUUACAGAUAAAUAUGUUCAUUUUCAGAAACGAGACCUUUACCUGAAAUACCGCUGAUCACCACUUGGUGCAUAUUUUGAAGCAUCUCUGGCCUCUUAUAUUGACUUGCACUUAGAAUCUGUAAAGAGGAUGAUUAAAGUCACAGUGCCAAAUUUAUUGGUACCUUUAAUAAAGACGUGUAAAAAAUAUUUUUUGUUUAAUAGAUGUGUGGUAAUUUGCUAAGACACGUUUAAAAUCUGGUAGGAAUUUUUUUUUUUUUUUACAGAAAACCUUAUGCUUUUAGUUUACAAUAUUUGUUCAUUUCGGUACGGGAUCUGUUGUUGCAAUGUCUUUUCUUGGCACCACAGGCGGGUAGCGACAACACCGGGCCAAAACAGUUUAAGCUUUACUUCUCAGGAACAUCUGUCAACAUCCAACUGGUAAUAAAUCAAUUGCAUUCAUUAAAACUGUGUGACAUUUAUAUGCAGCAAUGUAUAAAGUUUAAUUAAAGCAGUCAGCGUCGUUUUACUUUAAUGUGAAGACGGACAACAGUUUUUCCAUUCAUAUGCAUGUCAGAGCUCAAUCAAUGUUUUUGAAUUUUACUGUGAAAGAAGCAGAUAUAGAAAUACAGUCCUUCGUUAAUAUAUAUAUUUUUUUAUUAUACCACAGUUAUAAUGUGGCAACACUGCAUAUAUCAUAGUAUAACUCUGCAAAGGGUAUAUGACAACUAUGAACAUAAUGCAAUGUAAUAAGUCUCUUAAGGUUUAUCUGUCCUACAUUCUGUGAUUUCUCUCUUGGCAUCCUUUUAAACUCAUGAACACUCGAUCUAAAUAUGUUCUCUGCUAUGUAAAAAUAAAUAACAUACUAUAUACUGUGAA